AUUCCUGGCGUCCCCAGAGUUUGUCAUCCCGUAAUUUUUCGAGCGAGCGCCUGAACGCCAUAGCCCGAGCUGGUUAUGUCAGCAGGGACCAGCUGGGAGAGUUUGCAGAGGAUGCACCACUGGAGUAUGGCAGUUGGCCCUGACGGUCUGACAGACUACCAGAGGAAGAUGAACUCACAGGAGAAGUGCAACAACUUCAUGAGACAGUUCCGUGAUGAUGAGUCACGGGAGCUCAAGAAACUCACCGCCAACCAGUUUAUGGAAGUUUGGAGCCACUACGACGCUGAUGGUAAUGGAUACAUUGAGGGCUCAGAAUUGGACGGUUUUCUUAAGGAAUUUGUCUCUUCAGUGAACGCCAACGAUUCAGGCCCGGAGGGCGGUGUAGCAUCACACAGACGUAUGUCUGUGUCAGAUGCAAUGUUGGUCGAGCUGAAGGAAUGCUUCAUGGAGGCCUACGACGAUAAUCAGGACGGCAAGAUUGAAAUCCGGGAGCUGGCCCAGUUGCUGCCCAUGGAGGAGAAUUUCUUGCUGCUCUUUCGUUUUGACAACCCUCUGGAAUCCUCUGUCGAGUUUAUGAAGAUAUGGAAAGCUUACGACAAAGACAACAGUGGUUACAUAGAGGCAGACGAGUUAAAGAACUUUUCUACGAGAUCUGCUAACAAAGAAGCCAAAGAAAGUCCUGAUGAUUCUGAAGACAAACUCGUUGAGUACACUGACUCUUUGAGUCGCCUCACCCCUCAGUUUUUAACGUUCGCCUACAAAUCUUUGCCGAACAAGGAUGGCAAGUUGCAGCUUUCAGAAAUGGCCAAAUUGUUGCCAGUUAAAGAAAAUUUCCUGUGCCGUUCGGUAUUCAAGGGUGCAUCCAAACUCACCAAGGAGGACAUUGAAAGGGUUUUUGCUUUAUACGACAGGGAUAACAAUGGCACCAUAGAAAAUGAGGAGUUGAAUGGCUUCUUGAAGGACCUUUUGGAGUUAGUGAAGAAGGAUUAUGAUGCGCUGGACCUGCAGGAAUUUCAGGAUGCCAUUAUGCGUGGCUGUGACUUCAACAAAGAUGGAAAGAUCAACAAAAAAGAACUGACCAUGAUCCUCCUCGCCCUUGCCAAGCAUGGGGCAGAUGACGAUAUGCAAAGUGGGAUGGGCAUGGCAGCCAACAACCCUUUAGCGGAGAUUGCAACAAUGGGCAUGAAGGCACUUAAGCUACAGAAAUUGCGAGUCCGGCACUUUGUUAACCGCACCCUUGGCACUAACACCACUAGUUAGUUAAACUAGUAACCACUAACAAAUGAGGGGAGAAGACGCUGAUGAAGAAGAGUAGAGUAUAUGAAAAGGAAGAUGAAUUUUGGUCUAAGGUGUGAGAGGGAAGUAACAAAAUUGUAAUAAGACACGAGGUAGUAAUUUAAGGUUUAUAUAAAUCCUUGUAAAAACAGUUAAGGUUUACUAAUUGAAAUAAAAUAAAAUGAUUUGUCUUCUAUCCAUAAAAUGCAAUUAUAGCAGCAGUUUUGGUUAAGUGUGAUAAUUUACGCGUUUUAGCUAAAAAAUGAUGUGUCAGAAAAUGCUUUAUUAUGCUCUGAAACGUCAAAAAUCAGGUGAAGAAACCUUUCAUUUAGGCUAAAUUCUUGAAAUGCUGAGGAUGUGCCUGUGUGUAUGCACAUGCAUGCUUGUGUGCAUGCAUGAUGUUCUUCAGUAAAUCAUCCUAGGCCAUUGUAUCCUGUUAUUAAUAAUUCCAUAGGUAAGAAGCUUUCUUCAGUUCCCCUAAUUAUUGAUUAUUAUGAAUACGUAUAUCAUAAUGCAUAAUUUUACACACCUGGGUAAUCCUAGCAUAAUGCUUGCUGAAGACUAAUGCCCAAGAGGACAAGCAGAAGAUUUAAGUUUAAGUAACGUAAACAAAUAGAGAAAAUUUUUCUAAGGCAAAAUAAGUUGUAGGGGGAAGGGGAUGAAGAAGGAAGAGUAGUUUUAUCUCUUUGCUACUCAAUGACUGUAUAGCUUUAAUUCAUUUGGUCUAAGUGCAACAAUGGAAGAAGAAAAUGAGCUUCUUCUCUUUACUAUUCCAACAAUGAAUAACUUUAGUUCAUUUUGUCUGGCAGCAACAAACCAGUUUUAGUUGGAACCGACUUGGUCUCACUUUUAUCACCCCAAGAUAUCAGGUUGUGAACAUAAUGUUGACCAUCUUGUUGUCAAUCUCGGAGGUCUCCGCCAAGCUUAUAUCUAGCAUUUGUACUGAGAAAAUUGAAGUUAAAAGAUCUCGGCAACUGACAUUUUUACAUUCCACGCCUUUACACUGUCAUCUUAAUAUUAGAAGAAUGUUUCAUAAAUGAAUAUCAUGAUAUGCUAACCAGAUCAUCUUUGUAUUCUCAGCAGUUAUAUUUUGUGUUACAAAGCUUGUGCUUGAGGGCAAGAUGAACUUGGGACUUGGGAGAUCUCUGUGUCCGUCCCUGUGACCUCGCCAAUAGUUCAAAAGAUAAUACUGGACCCUGUGUAUGUUGAUGCAGCUGUCACAUAUAAUAUGCUUCCAAACAAAAUCUUUCAAAUUAGAUAUAUUCUUAAUGCAAAUUAACAGUAUACUUUUUGUGGAAUGACAAAACACAUCUGCCUAAAUCAGCAUUUCAGGCAACAGAUCUUAUUGAACUAAAUUCAGUGAGUUAAUCCCAAAAUGACUUGAUUUUCGUUUUUGUGUUAACCUGCCUGGUAUCGCCACAGAAGCCGGGCAUCAGACAGACAGAACCUUCCAGGCGCUAAAUUCAUGCUUGUCGAAUAGCAUUAUAUAAUAAAACUUUAUGGAGUUCUUCACAAGAAAGACUAAAAAUGUCAAGAUGUAUUAAGUGCAGUUGAAACUUCAGUUUUACUAGCAUUUACGUGAAAACUAAAAUCAUAUGUUGCAUGUAUAACAUGGCAAAAUUUGCUUUUCAAGGAAUUUAUACAGUAACACUUGCUGAAAAAUCAAAAGUAUUCUAGAACAAGAAUUCACUAAUAGCUAAAAUUUAGGACGAAGAAACAAUCAGGUUUUAUAUUGAUUUCAGUUCAUCAUUAUCACGAACCAUGAAAUUUAAAGCUUAGCACUAGGCCUUAUUGUAUCUCUUGUUUAUAACCAGAAAAAAUAACAGUUUCUUGAGGCGACUGUAUUGUGGUAGUGCCGUACUGUCUUCAUACCUUCUUAGACUUGCAUAUUUUUCAUUAUUUCCAGUUUUUCUUUAAUCUUCCAAUAUUAAAAAAACCCUUGUGCUAAAUAUCCAUUUCACACUCACUUGGCAGAACGGUAAUACCUCUCUGGGUGGUGGCUGUCUACUAACCUACAACCUAAGAUAUAUAUGUAUGUCGUGCUGAAUAGGUAAAAUUGGUCACUUAGCAAGAACUCAUUUAAAAUUAAGUCCUUUCUAAAAUUUUCUCUUAUACGUUUAAAGAUAUGUCUUUUUCAUUUAUGUUAAUGUAAAAAUUAAUAAUUUUGUACCAAAAGAACCUUAGAAAACUUACCUAGCCUUAUUAUAACAAGUGCAAUUUAAUUUAGCCAAAUCCAACUAAAUAUAUUUUAGAUAAGUUUACAAUAAUUUAAUAAUAAAGAAACACAAUAAAAUAUAUUUUUCUGUUAAUUUCGAAAUGAUGGUUUUGAAAUUAUUGAAUACACAAAUUUUUGCUUGCUUUAUUCGGCAAGAAGAGCAUUGGUAUUUAAUCCAAAAUCGCAAGUUUUUACCUGUACGUAUGUAUAUAUAUGCACAACAUAUAUAUACAUAUGUGCUUGUGUGUGUCGUGCCAAAUAGGUAAAACUUGUAAUUUUUACAUUAACAUAAAUGAAAAAAUAUAUCUUUAAACAUAUAAGAGAAAAUUUUAGUAAGGACUUAAUUUUAAAUGAGUUUUUGCUAAUUGACCAAUUUUACCUAUUCGCUAUGACAUAUAUAUAUCCAGCUCAAGAGGAUGCAGCAUGCAAUGAUGUUGAUGACAGCCCCUGUUUGGUACAGCUUCAGUAUAGUCCAUUUAUCUACAAUACAUUCUUAUUAUAAACCUUUUCCUCCUUGUUGAUGGGUGUCUUCUAUGCAUGAUUGCUUCUGUGUCCUCUUCCAACUUCUAGGAGCAGUAUGUAUUAUACAAGAACGUUAUUAUUUGUAUUAAGUAGCCCAUCAAGAACAGUGAAAUUUGUGCAGUGUUUAUACUUACAGACCUCUCAAGCUGUGAACAUAAGAGAUAGCCAUGUAAACUGUUGUGCAACCAAUAGGUCUAUACGAGAUACUUUGCAAGAGACUGACCCAGGAUGACUUGUACAUGCCAAUCAGGACUAGCUACCGACUUCAUUUUGUGCAGCAACAUUUUGUUAAUUUCUAAGUAAGCAAGGACUGUAAGUACUACCUUUGCCAGCCAAUGGUGAUAUGUGGCUACACUUUCUUGUUAUAUCUGUGUUUUAAAAUCAUAGUAUGAAUACCAAAAAAAAAAAAAAUGCCUAGCACUGAAAGCAACGCUGCCAGAUGCUGGCAUAAUAAUAUUUCUUUGAGUAGAAUAUGUCCCUCUUAUGUAUCUAUAUUUAGAAAUAUUUACAAAACCCUGUUUGUGUGUAUCAUUAUGAUACAUAUCAUUCCAGAGAACAAAGUAAUGUCUAAGUCUGGCAUCGUCAUUAGGAUCCAGUAACACUAUGUUCUACUUGUGUAACAAAUAAUCAAUUUAAAAUUUUUAUGUCAUGUUGUACAUUGUAAAGGUCUUUAAAACUUUUAGACUUCAAAUUCACUUAACAAAAAUAAAACAAGUCGAAUAAUAGUUGCCGGGUCUGUGAUUGGAAUGGUUUAACUUCGUUUACUGUAAUAAAAGUUUUCAAUAAUAAAUAAAAAUCCUCCGUUACAAA